AUGCCACCACGAAGAGUCAUUAGGUGCGUCGUCAACACCUUAGCAGCUCCACCACCGCCACCUCCAAAAAUGGACUCUUCCGUGUUCCAGGCUGCUGUAACAGCCAUUGUGGUUGCCGCCAUGGCCCAAAUCAGCAGUAACGACAUGAAUGGGAACGAGACUAACAGUUCCAAUCUGGGAGAAAACCAAGGGCACCAACUGAUGUGCUCUUACAAAGAGUUCAUGAACUGCAAGCCCAAGACCUUUCAUGGCGACAACGGUGUCAUUACUUUGACAAGAUGGUUUGAGAAGACCGAUUCCAUAUUCAAAAUUUGUGCAUGCCCGGACGAAUUCAAAGCCAAAUAUGCAGCGUGUACACUCGCGGACUCGGCCUUGUCGUGGUGGAACAGCCACGUUAAAACUCUGACUCUAACUGAGGAAAACGCCAUGAGUUGGGAGGACCUAAAAGUUAUGAUGGUCAAGGAAUAUUGUCCAAGGAGCGAGAUGCAUAAACUGGAACAAGAACUAUGGGAACACACCAUGAAGGGCUCUGACAUUGCCACCUACACUUCCCGAUUUAACGAACUGGUAACUUUGUGCCUGAAAUGA